UUGAUAUUUGAAGCAAAAACAAAAAACAAAAAAAAAAAAACAAUGGCAGUCAUCAAAAUAGGACUUGUUUUCUUUGUUACUUGGGUCUUCUUUAUUAAGAGUGGUCAACCACUGUCUCAGCCACAUCCAAAAUGCGAACAAAUUUCGAUUCCUCUGUGUAAGGACAUAUCGUACAAUUAUACAGUAAUGCCAAAUCUCUUAAACCACCAAAAGCAAAAGGACGCUGGUUUAGAGGUACACCAGUUUUUCCCCCUCGUCAAAGUUAAUUGUAGAGCUUCUAAAUUGAAGUUUUUCUUAUGUUCGGUGUAUGUUCCGGUGUGUUCUAUCUUGUCAAAAGCAAUCCCACCCUGUCGCUCAAUCUGCGAGGAAGCUAGAGAUGGUUGCGAACCAUUGAUGAGACAAUUUGGAUUUCAAUGGCCAGCGAGUUUAGCAUGUGAAAAGUUUCCAGAAAAUCGUUUGUGUGCUCGUGAAAAUAUGCCUCCGCCUCAAAAGACUACCACACUCCCUCCAACAAUCAGAAGUACACGUUUCUUAAGAUCAACCAGUAUGAGCGCUCAAACAACUUUUCAACCAUAUGCAAAAUGCCAAGUGAUAAAAGUUUCGAUGUGCAAAGACAUGCCCUACAAUUAUACAAUAUUGUCAAACCAUGAACAUCAAGGUGAUAUUGGUUUACAGCUGCAAACAUUUACCCCUCUCCUGCAGUAUGGAUGUAGCCCAAAGCUGAAAUAUUUCUUAUGUGCGUUGUAUUUACCAAUGUGCACAGCUCAGGGGGAAGCUGUUCUACCAUGUCGCUCUACAUGUAACGAAGUUAGAAACAGUUGUAAACCAGUAUUGGAGAGUUUCGGAUUUCCGUGGCCAAAGUUUUUAGCAUGUGAAAAACUUCCCGAUAGUGGUGCCUGCUCUCAAGAAACUACGCCUGGUCAAAUAGAAUCAACUACCAAUCCCCCUUUAAAAAGAGAGUUAGUGCCUGGUCAAAUAGAAUCAACUACCAAUCCCCCUUUAAAAAGAGAGUUAGUGCCUGAUUAUUAUUCUAGUACAACUAAUGCUGCAGAAUCAGUAAACCACUCUUCUGUAAUGGAAGGAGGAAAACAUGCAUCUUCAACAGAGGGGUCAAACAAGGGCAAUGCCUGCUUCUCAGCGAAUCUCAUCCUUUAUGUGUGUGCUAUUUUUAUGCAAUGGAUUUGUGUGCAUUCUAGGGCUGGUGCUAGUUUCAUUUGAAAGGAUACAUUUUUUGAAGAGAUGUCUUUGUUAUGGCAGUUUUCUUUUUCUUUUUUUUUUUUAAAUAAGUUUUACAGUAAUAUAGAUAUUAAUCAUACAUGCAUGAAUCAUUCCCUUCUUUCUAUUAUCAUUAAAUUUUCUACACAUGUAAUGUAUUUUUUUUAUUUAGUGUACCUGUACAUAUGAUAAUAAAUAAGAGAAUAUAAA